ACCGGUACCUUUCGAGUUUACUGAGACUGGAGUCCGUUUAAUGAAUGUCACUCAUCAAACACAUACUAUUAAAACAUAAAUGGCCUUGACAAUUUGUAAUAGACCUACUGUGUUCAAUAGGUUCAGUAGGACGACGCGGAUGAAGAAAAAUAGGAAUUGCACUUGGAGUAUCUUUCGAAAUUUACAUCAAAAUCAGCGAAAGGUUUUUCCAGGUACACCACUUGGUGGCAGCCAUGGCCAGAGAAGUGAUCCAAACGUUGAUGGUUUACUGUACGAACAGCACACUCCCACUACUCCAUUACAGAAGGUGCUACUGACGGCAGGCUCUGCGUUCAUGUCUCUAUAUGACCCGUACAGACAUGAUAUGGUAGCUGUUUUAGGAGAAACCACUGGUUCUGUAGCCCUGCCUAGACUUCUAAGACUCAUGCAAGAAGAUGAAGUAGGGAGACAAAUACUCGAGGAGAGGCCGCGAAUCAACAGUGAUACAGUGGAUAUGAACUAUCUUGCUCAGCUGCCUGACCAGACCUUUGGGAAGAUAUAUCACGACUUCAUGACAAAAAAUAAAAUAUCGGCCGACACCAGAGACCCUGUACGCUUUGUGGACGACCCAGACUGGGCCUACGUCCUCCAGAGGUAUAGAGAGGUGCAUGAUUUCUACCAUACACUCCUAGACAUGCCUACCAACUACAUGGGGGAGGUCGUCAUCAAAUGGUUUGAAGUUAUCCAGACCAGACUACCCAUGUGUGCCUUGGGCGCCAUUUUUGGACCGGUCCGGUUAUCAGCCAGUGAUCGCAAAGACCUCAUCCAGUAUUACAUCCCCAAAGUGUUCAAGAUGGCUCCCCAGUCCAAGCUGCUUCUCAACAUCUAUUUUGAGAGACAUUGGGAGACACCCAUUGAGGAGCUCCGAGACGAGAUGAGAAUUUCCCCUCUUCGGAAAUCAUGAAGUCAAAAGUUCAUGUCAAAAGUUCUGCACUGUGGUUUCUUAAACCACAGUCUAAAUUUGUGCUUAAAUUAUGGGGAGCCAAAGAAGAAAAAAAACGGUAUAUUUCAUACAUUUACUGGGGAGCAUUUCAUGGAACGAUAAGUGAUUUUUGCAGACUAUUUGUUUUAAGCUACUGAAAUCCUUACAUCUUAUUGGUUCAGAGCAAAUGAGUCAGUGAAAAUCAGUUAUAAAACUCUUUGGCCAUAUUCUAAAGUCAGGUUUAACUUUGUAAAAUCAUGAAAUCUUAGCUCAAAAUCGAUAAUUCUGAUGAUCACUAGCACAGAAAAGCAUGUGGGACAGUGUAUCAAUAUUGCUUCGAAAAAUACCCGACAUUUGAUGGAAUUCCGUGCUUAUCUUGAUCAUUUCUCAGCAAUAAUGCAUUUUCUUCCAGAGCUAUCUGGCACAUAUUUUUUUAUUCAUACAUACAAACACUUUAGAGGUAAUUUCAUUGGAUUCUGUUCGAACUCACUUUGAGAUAGUUACCACAACUGGUAUUUAUCUUAAACUAAUUUUUUUUAAACUUUUGCUCUCGAAUUAUGGUGUAUUCUAGAGGAAUUUCAUUUACGAAAUGAAGAAAAAGCUUGAGAAGGUUCAAGAAUUUUAUUAAGAUUUCACUAAGUAAUGAAAACAUUAACUUUGCGUGUAAUUUUGAAUAACUGUGCUGACGUGUGUCAGAGAUUUUGAGAAAAUAUUUACUUGUCCAGUUUCCUUUAAGCAAGAUUUGCUUCUUAUCAUUUACUAUAUCGUCAUCUGCAAUAUGUAUAAAUAUACUUGUAUAUAGAUCUAGAUUGUUUAAUAAAUAUCUAUAUAUCUGAAAAAAAAACCAACAUACUGGUAUACAAUGUGCAAUACUUUCUUGAGGCCCUUGUUCUGAAUUCUGGGUCAAUAAAAGUCAUGGACUAAGCCUAGCUUUUUAAAACGCCAUGAAAGAGAAAUUUCUCUCGAUUUUUUUAUUUCCCAAACCCCCUCUCUCUUCUUCACUCUUUCUUAUUCAUUUCACUUCAAUAGGUAGAUUUUGCAACCACUAUGCAGACGCUUUCUGGAACGUAGAGAAUCUAUUGUCAAAAGCCCUUCAUGACAAAAGCAUUCUUGGUCGAAAUGUGAAACAAAACAGCAAUUUUGUCUGCAACUCUGGAUAUACGACAUAUUUGCAGCUUUUUGUCAGAUCUGAAUCUUAAAGACGAUCUGCUGUUAUGGUUCACCAAUUUUCGACAGACCUCUCAGCUGUUCAUUGCAUUGAAUGCAUUUACUCUGUUUUAGAAUCUGUUCCCGUUGCAGUUGCAAAAAAUUCUUGUUAUUUUCUCGCCUGUCAAAAGAAAGCUACUGUGAAAUGCAAUAUGCAUGUCUUCACACAAAUUCUUGUUUUUAAUCAGUCUGCACUGGCGGAUCCAGGGGGCACAGCUGGCCUGUGCCCCCCCCCCCUUUGAGAGGUACAAUUAGAAUUUGUUAUGUAAAAAACAGAAGUGUGCCCCCCCCCCCCCCUUUCGAAAGUGAAGACCUUUUUUUUUUUCUUGUCAAAACUUUUCGUUCGCGAAAUCUCCUUUAUUUUUGGUUGAAACCUUGAUUUAUUUUGGGUAAAAUUUUUCCUUGGAAAAUGUGCCCCCCUUUCGAAAAAUCCUCGAUCCGCCGCUGUGUCCAUGCUUACAUUACAAAGAUAAUCAUCCAAGAAUAUAAUUUGGAAAUGCCUGAAGCUUCCAUCCAUGAAAUUCAGACAUAUUUUCUCUUCUAGUCUUUCAUUCACCCCGCCCCCCUUCCAGUCCCCCUCUCUCUUUAACACUUAUUUACUUGAUUUCUCACAUUUGAAAUGAGAGCUAAAGUGAACAAUAUGUUUGUCUUCACACUUAUUCUCUUUAUUAUUCUGUCCGUGCAUACAACGAUUAUCAUUAAAUAAUCUAGAAUGUUAUUAGG